GAUUACAGGGCCUGAUAAUAAAGGAAUUUAUAAAGGCGACCGAGAGUCCAGUGGAAAAUACACGUUUGCUGCCCACAUGGAUGGAACUUACAAGUUUUGCUUUAGCAACAGAAUGUCCACCAUGACUCCCAAGAUAGUGAUGUUCACUAUUGAUAUCGGGGAAGCUCCAAAGGGGCAAGACAUGGAGACAGAAGGUGGUGGAGAUACCUGGGAUGCUCAUCAGAACAAACUAGAAGAGAUGAUUAAUGAGUUAGCAGUGGCCAUGACAGCUGUAAAGCAUGAACAGGAGUAUAUGGAAGUUCGUGAAAGAAUACAUAGAGCAAUUAAUGACAACACAAACAGCAGAGUGGUUCUUUGGUCAUUCUUUGAAGCUCUUGUACUAGUUGCCAUGACACUGGGACAAAUCUACUAUCUGAAGAGGUUUUUUGAAGUCCGGAGGGUGGUUUAAGAGUACUUUUCUGGUCCCGGAUUUCAGUUCACUGUCUACCAAACAUCCUGGUCACAAAAAAAAAAGUCAUUUAGUUUCUGAACCCUCUUUACUGAACUGUAAAACUUAUUUGCUUCUGUUCCUUCCUAGUUAAAAAAUGAAUUGUUUUUAUAUAUCUUCUGUAGCAAAAGCUGUGCUGAAAUCUUGUCACUUAAUUGGCAUAUUUUUUUUUCACUUAAAUCUGCCUAGUCUGUAUGCUAAGCGAGGUCCAAGCAAGCUGCAAAUGCUGUAAUUCAACUGUAGUAACAAGCAAUGUUGUUGUCUUUUCUAACUUUUUUUCCUGUUUCCAUAAGUCCUUGCAGUCCUAUCUAGGGAAACGGUACAAGGCCCUAACAUGACUGUUUGCAUUUUUGACGUCUUUAACCCUGCAGUAGGUGUUAUGAAAUUGAAAGAAUCCCUUCUUCACUCACAUAAACCGCCAAGGAGAAGCGAUUGGAACUUUAUUCUGGUAGUGAAUAAAGACAGCUGACCACUUCGGAUCUAGUAUUCAUUCCUAGUUGAUAUUUAAAAGAAAGUCUUCAGUAACAAUCCU